CUGAACAGGCACUGCGGUAGCCACCUCUGUCUUUACUCUGGGGUCCUUGUUGUGGAGGAACAAAGAUGGCGGGGUCCGUGCUGUGCAGGAGGACAGUGAUGUCCUGGAGGACUUUAAAGCCUCUAAACCUGAACCCUUUAACGGGAAUCUGCUGCUCUAAACCGCUUGUGCUGCAGACAGCGUCCUACAACCCGAGACCUCUGAGGCUGAACCUCCGGGAGCCGUUCAUCCCGGACAGGGACAGCGAGAAGACACCGGAGUGGCAGAAGACGGCCAAGUACGACCGGAAGCUGUUCGGUCGGUACGGUUCAGCGUCGGGGAUCGAUCCCGCCUCGCUGUGGCCCAGCCACGAGCAACUGGACCAGAUCAUAGCGGAGGAGCAGGAGUGGCACCCUCCGUUAGAGGUCAUGCUGAAGAACAUCGCGGCCAAGGACAAGCUGGAGACGGAGACACGGUCUGCGAAAGAGAGACUCGUAUCAGCCAACAUGGCCAAAAUGCCCAAGAUGGUGGCCGACUGGCGCAGAGAAAAGCGUGAAACCAAGCAAAAGCUGAAGGAGGAAAAGUCUCGCCGCGCUAAGUUGCUGGCCGAGGCCAGGGAGCGUUUUGGCCACGCCGUGGACCCCCGCACUCCCAAGUUCUUGGACAUGGUUGCCGAAAUAGAAAAGGAAGACAAGAAGAAGAAGAAGCUAAUGAAACGCAGGCUGAAAGAGGAGCAGGUGGCAGCCCCCGUCACACCUCCUGCUGCCUCCUCCUAGUCUGGGACUGAGUCAUUUCAGACACAAAUAACUGCUGGGAUGAGAUGGAAGGUGUGCUGCAUAAUACAAAUGAGUGGGACAAUUGUCCUCAGGUUACCUGAUGGCAUCUGCAAUGACCUGGAUUAAAGAAAACAUCAUCCAUCAUUCAAGCACAUGUUGAUUUUUCAUUACCUCGCUAUGUAUUUAGCAUUCACUGAAAUAAAUUAAUUUCUGUACAGAUUG